CAUCGUCUGCUGGUACUCUUCACCGUCGCGCUACGCGAGCGAGCGAGCGAAGCGCUUCGCUUUGCCGCCCAUCGCGCGGUUUUGCGUGGCGCCGCUGACGCCGACGCCAUCAGGCCUAUGGCGGCGGAGCAUGGAGGUCCUCCCUUUGAGACCGCGCUACACGAGGCGCACCAGAGGCUGUUGGCCGCCCAUGGUGCGGCCCUGGCCACGCUGGAGGCGGAGUUGCAGCACAUGCGCAUGGAGAACAUGCGGCUGCGCCUGCGACUGGCUCAAGCCGGAUUGUCCGACGCGGAGCCGGUCCGGAAGGAGGUCGCCAGCGAGGCCCCAGCAGUGAGCUCGGUGGGCUCAGUGAGGUCGGAGCUGGUGGAGGCGGCGCCGGUGGCAACUGGAGGUGCUCCUGCCGUGGUCAGUGCCGCCACUGAGGCGCCGAGAGCGACACGCGCGGAGCCGGCCAUGGUGGAGCCCAGCACUCUCACAGGCGCACCGCCACCGGCGCCGCAUCGCGCCGAGGUGCCUCCGCUCCCGUCUGCACGGGAGGUGCCUCCAAAAGAGUCCAGAACCCACCUCGGCGACCUCGAGAAGCCACUGUACUCUGGCACCGACGCCGGCUCUGCGCUUGGAUCGACCGGUCCAUCGCCCACGUCGCCCGGUGGGUCGGGCGCUGUGGUGCGGGUUCUGCUGACGGAGCUCCUGCAGCGCUACGGGCUCCAGCACUUGCCAGUGAGCCAGGCUGGAUCGACCUACACGCUCGGUGGUCAACCGUUCCGGCUGCGGCAAGCCGGUACCGACCUACUGGCCUCCCGUGGGGAUGAUGGUGGACAUUCCUGGGAGUUGCUCGAAGCUCUGCUGGUGCAACAUCUACCGCAGCUUCAGGCCUCCGCGGGUCGAUCGGAACGGCUCGCUCCGCAAACAACGGCUCAUUUGGGCGACCAGGUGCCCACUGUGCACCUGAGUGGAACUGCUCAGGCAGCAACGGCCUCAGCGCCCACCGGUCCCAUUGUUUGGGAAGGCCCCGAAGCCUUCGGAGCUGGCGCGCGGCCCGGUGAGGGCGGUCUCCCCGCCUGGCGUGCUGAUGGUCUUCCCACUUUUCACAAUGCCUUCCCACAGUCCUUCGACGCACUGUCCGGCGCGCGGCAGUACUAUUCUCAGUUCCGCGUCCGCGUUCCAACCGCCUCACAAUACGAUUCUGAGCGUUGAGCUUCCGCACGGAACGCGGCGCAGACAUUGAGCGGGUGCUUUCGGAAGAGGUUUGAAGCCUCA